AUGAACAAACUGUACGCACGAGCGAGACCACUUUGCAACCUGAUCUCUAUUGGUCGCGCUAUUGUUCAUUCUCGGAUUUGUUGCGCUGGAUUUGUUAAUGGAUCCCCCUACGACCUCGAUAUUUCCAGAAAUUACAUUGAUGUCGACCUUAUUUGUCGCCCGGGUUACCCCUGUCAACCCCUCCUUUGCGAUAUAGACGGAUCCUCGACAAUCGACUUUAUGGCUCCAGCCUCUGCCCUAAAUCCACUUCCCCCUAAGAAUCCACGCGUCAUGCUAUGCUCCUCAUACAUUUUCUUCAGUCACUACAUACGAUUAAGCUGGGGGACUUCCAAAGACCUGAAACCCCUCCCACAAUCUGAAAUAAGAUUCUACUAUAAUAAUCCAUUCAUUUUGUGCUGCUAUAGUUGGGCAACUCAAACGUUGAAACCAGGCCAUGAUGACGUUUUCCUUCCGAAUUCGCUUCGGGGCAUUCGAAUCCAAAUUAGCCUUGGUUGCCUCCGAGAUGGUCACCAUCAUCAUUCCCAUUUAUUGAUCACUGAGAAAGGUCGCACUAUCGGACCUUUUGCUCGGUGUGUCAACAUAGCAUUUCAGAGGUUCGAGGAUGGUGGGAGAGCAGCACGAUCAGUCGACUUCGGGGCAGUUUUAGAAAUGGUGGACUUGGUAAUUGGUCAGAAACGUCUAAGAAGUCAAGUAUAUGGAUUAAACAAGCCCGUAAACAAUCAACAACAUCCAUUGAUGUUUUUGUAG